UUGGACAACUAUUUACCACAAAAACACAAGAAAAUGUCUCGGCAAGCUUCCAGACUGGACGCUAAGAAAGUGGUGAGUUGAUUGAGAUGGGGGAUAACAGCAUGGAGUCUUGGAAUCGGGAAAAUCCGUCCAAUAGUUGUAAGUAAGUGUGUUGAGGGCUUGAGGGACACAAAUCCGGGCUAUGGAAAACCAUUUUAGCGCAACACGCCCUACAGCCACGACUAGAAUGAGCUCUGCUGCCUCCGCCACCGCCGCCAAUAACCACAACAACAGUGGUGUCAAUGCCACUAGCCACGGAAACAAUGUGGCAGCCGGAUCAGCCAAUGCUCAGCCGAUUCAAGUAAUACCCAUGCCGCUACUGCCCACUGGAGCGGCUCAAAUUAUAAUCGGGCAACAACCCCAGGCGCAGGCUACAACGGCAGGUUUGCAGCCUCAGUUAAUCCCUCUGCAGGCCAACCAGAUCAUGCUCCAGGCGCAGCAGCAGCCACAGAUGCAGGUGAUGCAACUGCCGGAUGGCCAAACGAUCUUCUAUCAGACGCCCACGAUUGCCGCUCUGGAUCCCAAUGCGGCUGCAGCAGCGGCGGCAGGUCUCACCUCCCAGCCCUCUUCCCAUUACCUCAAUAUUAACGGACAGCUGGUGCAAAUAACUCCAGCUGCUAAUGCCAACCAGGCGACAGCCACUGGAGGCCAGCAGAUCAUCAUGGUGCCACAGACGGCCAUGGCUGCAGUCAAUCCAGCCGCAGCGGCCGCCGGAGCUACAGGCGUUGUGGUGGCCCAGCAACCGCAGCAGCAACAGGCCCAAUCGCAACCACAGCCACAGCAACAACCGCAGUCCACGUCAGCCGCUGUUAACUCUGCUGCCAACAAUAUUAACGCCGAUGUCAGCACCAGUACCACGGGAACAAAUACAAACAGCGAGGACGAGAGCUCCAAAGGGGAGGCGGACGAGGAGCCGCUCUACGUAAAUGCCAAGCAGUACAAAAGGAUUCUAAUCCGGCGGCAAGCCAGGGCGAAACUGGAGUCCCGUAUACCCAAGGAGCGCUGCAAGUAUCUGCACGAAUCUCGCCACCGGCAUGCUAUGAACAGAGCCCGUGGCGAAGGUGGACGGUUCCACUCGGCCCAGGAGAAGGGUGAUCAGUCGGGCUCGGACAGCGGUAGUCUUCCGAUGUCGCAAAGCAGUAGUGUGACCCUGAGCAGAGGCACAGCCAGAGCACCACCGAAGCUGAUCGCGCCGCAUCAAACACCCAGCAUCACCAUCACGGCAAUCAAAUCGGAAGCGUCGAUGUAGAUACAAACAAAAGUAGAUGAUAGCUCUUAGUCCUAAGUCGUGUCACCCACAAUCUGUCUCACCCACCUGUCCUUAAACCUUAAACACCAUCCGAUUUUGGUUUUCAAUCCUUGGUAUUGUAUUUUUGUACGUCAGUGGCCACCAAGGGUAUUACAUUUUUGUUUUCAAAUCGAUAUUGAAGCCAUUUUCACUUUUCCAAAAAUCUAUUCACCAUGUUCUUUGAAAAACAAUUGCAAUUAGCUAUGUUUAUGUAUUAAUUAUAUCAUUAAAAACAAUGCAGUCUAUUAGGAAAGUUUAUUUAAAAAUUCUAUAAUAUUUGUUAAUUUUUUUAGUUCAAAUUUAAAUGUUUUAUUUUCAAAAAAUAUACAUGCAUUUAUAGAUUUUUGAAAUAGUGAAAUGAAGCUGAAAAGAAUCGAAAAUAGUCACCGCAUUAUGGAAAUUAAAUACUUAACCUUAACACCAACAA